AUGAUCGAGAACGUGGACUGGUUUGAAGUGAUUGAGAAUCUGGAGGAGGGUUUGUUUGAUAGUGACGACUGGCUGUCGGAGCUUUUACGCGAGGAGCCAAAGGAUGAUGUCAACGUUGCCGUGGAACCCGUGGAAGGCUCGGCGUCAGUUGCCGAAGAGUUGACUUUGGAUCCGUCACUGUUGACUCUUCCGACUUACACGGACUAUCCUCGCAGUUACACUCAGACAUUUGAACCUUAUGAUCUUCCGAUGGACCAUGUCUUUCCAAAUUUGACUCUGCAACAGAGUGUCUCUACAGAAGAUGAGAUACGAUUCACGCCGAGCACCAACUCGAUCCUGACUCCAUCGGGGUCAAGUGCGCAUUCUCAAAGUCCUCCAAGGGCAGUGAAUAAGAGUCAGAAACGCAAGCCGCGAUCAGACCGUAAACCAGAUCGAUCAGAUGUUCUUACUACAGAUCUUGCCCCCAAAAUCGCCUACAAGCAUGACCAAGGUGGUAACCUUCAGGGCGUAUUCACUGUUUCCGGACUGAAUACUAGGGUUAGAGGUCCGUUCACUGAAGAAGCUCGGAAGGCUACUGCGAUUGCAAGAAAGAGAGGUGUCUGUGAGAAGUGCCGCGGCAUGAAAGUUCGAUGCAUAAUGCCAGAGAAUCCCUAUGAACCAUGUCUCAGAUGCUCAAGACUGACGAUUCUGAAACGUCCAUGUAUCAGAGUUAAUCUUCACGAGCUUCCACUGCACCGACUGGGCUCUACACGCGACAACAAGCUGUACGAAUGGCUGUCCAUUAAGGAUGUCAUGAACGCAAGCCUAAACAUUGACCUCAAUCGACAUACAAUCAAGUUGACUCAAGGAUUCGACUGUGAGGUUGAGGUCACUGUGUCAAAGUUUCAGCCUUUGCCUGGCGACAAGACAUCAUAUCCCUGGAGAGACUCUGCAGGGAAUCAACGAAUGCUCGAGUUGCCGCACUACUACAUCGCCGACAUGGAUAGCCAUCAGAGGGUCAUUGAUCAGUACAACCAGAAAUCGUACAAAGUGUAUAUUCAGAGGCUUCUCAAAGGGAAGAGUCCGUUGAUGAUUUGGACGCUUCAGGAGGCAAUACGGUUCUCGGAAACUCACCAGAGCUCCCUUGUCAAGGAUAGUCUUCGGCUUUGGGCUGGAAGUCGGCUAACUGAGCUCCCAUGGAUGAUCUGCGGCGAACAUACCCUCGGUCAGAUUCCAGUUCAAGAUCUCGAAUGUCCCCGCAGUGGUACGAUACCGAUUCCUCCGAUCAUGGACACGCAAAUGGACCAUCUUGUCAUCAAAAACAUCAUGACCCCCCUGCGCCAACGGAUUCUUGCAGGCCUGCAGGCGAAGAUCAUGGAAAAGAAACGCGAGAACUGGUACGAGAUUUAUCUCACCACCUUUGUGCUUCUCAGCAACAUGGAGCGUCAAUUUGCUCAGGUUCUGUACAUAAUCGACUGGUAUGGAAUGGAGAGCCGAUUUGGCACAAGAGGAAACUCUUCCGUCAGCGAGUCAUUCAUCCACUCGUGCAAAUCACUCCUUGCGUUCUUUCACUAUGCUGGUGGAAGUCAUAAGCCACUAGCGCUAGACUGGAAAGGUCCAAAAGCACCUCUUGGGAUCAUGACACAGCAGCAGGCUGAGUACCUGGAUAAGACUCAGAAGCAGGUUGACCGCGAGGGCGAGAACUUGACCGGUUUGAAGACCGGGUCAAUUUACGAGAAGGAUAUGUAUUGGUGUCAUCAGUUGUUACUGGGUGAUUGCAAGGUUGAUGAGCAGAAUGAUCGGGAGAUUGAUGAACUCAAGGAGGAGGACUACAUCUUUCACUGA